AAAAUGUAUAUGAGAUCGAUCUUCAAAUUGAGAUAAGCCUUUUCAGGUAUUUUUUUAAUCUGAAUGACUAAGUCUUGACUAAAUACACCAAGGAUCAUGAAUGGAUUAAAUACGAUACUCAAACAAAGAUUGCUAAAAUUGGAAUUACAGAUUAUGCAUAAAAGGAAUUGGGAGAUAUAGUUCAUGUUGAUUUCCAAAAGGUGGGAUUGGUAUUCAAAACACACCAAUCAUUGGGAGCAAUUGAAAGUGUCAAAGUUGCUGCUGACAUCUAUGCUCCUGUUGCUGGUGAAAUUGUUGGAGUAAUUGACUCAUUUAUAAUUAGAUUAAUGAAGAUUUAAAGGACUCUCCCAAUUUGAUUAACGAGAAGGCUGAGGAAACAUGGAUUUUGUAAGCCAAAGUGUAAAAUGAAUCUGAAUUAGAUACCUUAUUGGAUAAAUAAUCAUAUGAUAAGAUCAUCAACAAAUGAGAAUAUUAAUAUUAGAAAUACAUCAUAAUCUAACAUACAUAACCA